CCACUUUUAUCUGCAUCAUUCAUUGUGCGGCUGGUCAAACUUCGCGCACAAAGCAUCGACUCAACGCGCCCGUAUCCUCCCCUUCGAUUUACGCAAGGCCUUGCCUCGAAAGAAGAGCGCUCAUUGAUACGACCGUGGGGCAACCUUGAUGAAAACGAAAUACGAGCGCGGGACCAGGGACACAACAAGAGGACCGCGAGGUCGACUUUCGCACUGUCUACGCCCAACAUUACGCGCAGAUUUGCCGGGUCGACUUCAAUAUGGCGUGGUCAAAGUUGACACGGAUAAAGAUAAUGCUGGCCAUUGAUAUCACGUUCUUGGUUUUGGAACUGAGUAUUGGCGUGGCUGUUUCCUCCUUGGCACUCAUGGCCGAUGCAUUCCACAUGUUGAAUGAUAUCAUAUCUCUCGUCGUAGGGCUGUGGGCCGUGAAGGCUGCCCAAAAAUCUUCCACCGACAAAUAUUCGUUUGGGUGGUUGCGAGCAGAAAUCCUUGGUGCUUUCUUUAAUGCAGUAUUCCUAAUCGCACUUUGCCUGUCCAUCGUUCUGGAAGCUAUUACGCGCCUUAUCGAUCCUCCGACGAUCAGCAAUCCUAAGCUUAUCCUUAUAGUCGGUUCAUUAGGUCUUUUAUCAAAUCUUGCUGGAUUCUUUGUUUUGGGUGGCCAUGGCCAUUCCCAUGGACCAGAAGAACAUGACCACUCGCACGGCAAUGAGAUCCGGGCAGCAGAAGAAGGGCAUAGUCAUACUCAUUCCGAUAGCGUCGGUGAAGGGUCCGUGGACAACGAAGACGCCAGCGAUGUAUUCCCAGAGGCAGUCAUUGCAAAAGUCAAAGCGAGAUCGGGCCAACAUAUUCGGUUUACUCAAUCUGACGAGAACGCGAAAACCUCCAGGGAACGCGCCGAUUCCUUGGGCAGAUCCGCAAGCAGGGCAUCAUCACGCAACAAACAUCGAAGACGUACUAGUAGCCGUCUCAACCGCAUCGAUGAUAUUAGCAUUCAUCCUGCUAGCUUCAGACAAGAUAUUAUUGCCGCAAGUAGGUCCCCGCCUGACGGCAGUGAUAGUGGAGACGUUACUGCAUCAGAUGAAGAGGCUAUCGAAAAUGAAAAUGCUCCCACAGAGAACUCUCCUUUGCUUGGAAAAUCUAAUGGCAAGUCGAACGGAGGUAGCCCAGACAGCCAGAAACACAGCCACAGCCACAGUGACCAUAGUCAUCAUUCCUAUGGACUAAAGGCAAAUGACGAUUCGUGGCACGCCGGCCACAACCACAACAAGCCCAAGAAGCCUUCAAAGGGAGGCCAUGGCCAUAACCAUGCCGAUAUGGGUAUGAAUGCUAUGGUUCUCCACGUCAUCGGUGAUGCUCUUGGCAACAUCGGUGUUAUCGUCUCUGCUCUCAUCAUUUGGCUCACAGAGUGGUCUGGUCGAUACUACGCAGAUCCAGCAGUAUCACUCUUCAUUACCGUAAUCAUUCUCCGCUCUACCAUUCCAUUGACUUCGGCAACAGCCAAUAUUCUCCUACAAGCAACACCUGAUCACAUUGACGUCAACGAUAUCAAAGAAGACAUCCAAGACAUCCCAGGGGUCGUUAGCUGCCAUCACGUACACAUCUGGCAACUCAGCGACACCCAGAUUAUUGCUUCCAUGCAUAUCCAGGUAGCAUUCCCGAUCAGCAUAGCUAAUGGCGAGAAAUACAUGGAGCUGGCCAAGGCAGCGAGGAAGUGCUUGCAUGCUUAUGGGAUCCACAGCGCCACCCUUCAACCAGAGUUCUGUCUUGAUAAGAAUCACGAUCAUGCUCAAGAACAGGCGAUGGGUCUUGAUGGCAUUGAUGGGCAAUCGGGAUGUCGGUUAGACGAUGACUGCUUGCUGGAGUGUGUGGAUGACUGUGAAGUGGGAGGAUGUUGUUCACCCCCGUCGCCGCCUUCAUCAGAGGCUCACCACACUCAUUCGGACCAUGACCAUGAUGGUCACGUUCAUUAGAAGAAUUUUCAUUUUGACCGAUUCUCAUCUUUGUUCGUAGGGAAAGAAAGGGUAAUAUCAUGGCAAGAGAGGAUACCACAUUCGGGCUAUUUUGUUGGAAGGCGUUUUCGGACAUGCCUAUCUCUGGCACACAAAAGUCUUGCUCCUGGGAGAUUGGAGACGAGUAAUUAAUAUCUUUCGUUAACAAGCAUGGGGGUCAUUGUAAGAUAUCGGAUGGCUUCUACGCAUACAAGCCAUGAUGGGUUCUGGGUGGUGAACAAUGGAAUAGAAAGGGAUUUCCCGGCAAGGCAAGCUGAUU